CGACCUCUUUAAGAGCAAUUUCCCGUCAUCCACUUCGCAUCACGCUUUCUAAGUAGUGUGCUAAUAGAAAAAUGGGUCGAGUCCGAACCAAGACAGUUAAAAAGGCAUCCCGUGUAAUAAUUGAAAAGUAUUACACACGUCUUACUUUGGACUUCCACACAAAUAAAAGGAUAUGUGAAGAGAUAGCUAUAAUACCCAGUAAAAAGUUGCGAAACAAGAUUGCUGGGUUUGUCACUCACUUGAUGAAGAGAAUACAGAGAGGACCUGUCCGUGGUAUCUCUAUCAAACUUCAAGAAGAAGAGAGAGAGCGUAGAGACAACUAUGUACCAGAUGUUUCGGCCAUUGACUUGGAUGUUAUUGAAGUGGACCCUGAUACCACAGAGAUGUUGAAACAAAUGGAUAUGGACAAGAUCCCAGGCCUGCAGGUAGCCAGUUUACUUCCCUUCCGUGGUGGACCUCGUGCUUAACUCCUCUUUGUAACAGUUUUAAUAAAGAUGUUACUGAAGGUUUUA